UCCUGCCCCUUGGUCGACUGCCUGGUUUGAGCCCGAUUCCUCGCCAGUCGCGCCUCACCUCCCUCCCUCCCCGUCCGCUCCACUCCACUUCCAUCCGCUACCUCCACUCCACUUCAAUCCGCCGCUCCUGCUCCUGCUCCUGCUCCUGCUCCAGUAGGAACGCUCCCCACCCUCACCACGCUGAGCUACUCCGGAGCACUGGGACAACAAGCAGGUUGCGCCGUCCGUCCGUGGGGUCGGUGCUGUGCUGGAGGUGGUGGAGCGAGGGGCGGUGGGGGAAGCUUGGCCGCUGGGGGGAGCCGAGAAUAGCGACGAACAGGCGUCACCAGUAAGCCACGGUCAGGGGCAUUUCAGUCCUACUUAGCAGCAGUGAUGGCAAAAAUCUAACAUAGUGAUUGAAACAGCUAGGAGGCCACCCAUGUUGUCUGAAUAGGGAUGCUCUGUUGGAUGUGCAGCAAGAAAACCUUGGAAUGAAUGCACAUACUACUUAGGGUGCUGUAUUAGAGUUUUAGUAGGAUGGGUUCGUUAUGCUGCGUGGCAGCACGGCCACAUGGGGCUAGCACAGCAAGCCAGGAUUGGUCCUCUAUUAGCCGCAGCGACCCACCCUGGCGGACUGGUGCUGGCUUUUCUCCACCUCUGUCUAGGGGGUGGGAGUACAGGAUCAACUCGGAAGGGUUGUCUUAUGGAUCCCAUGGUGAUAGCGGGGUCGCUGUGAAUUAUGGGUCAUCACUAUCAUCAAAUAGUAAAGGGGCUAGUAGGAGCUGGGAGAGGAAUGAGCUUCCACAAGAUCACCGCUACUCUACAUCUGAGGGUGCCAUUUCGUAUCUCAACAGCCCAGAUGUCAGCUUCCAGAACCACCAUAUUAUGCUACCAAUGCUGCAAGAUUCUAGCGUUGAUGAAUACAUGAGAGUUUCAGUUGCUGAGCCUAUUGGUGCUUUAUUAUUGUCAGAGGUAAUGUCAGGACAACAGAAUAGUGGUGGUUCCACCUCCUCUCGCUCUGAUGGAAGUGAAUAUGAUAUUGUACCUAAAUCAUACACAUCAACGCCCCGCAACUUCCCAAGUCGUCGAUCAUUCCUUUCAAAGCCAAUCCACCCUGUUUCAUUUCCAGAACAUGCACCAGAAGCACAAGAAACUCAAAGUCCUGUUGCCAUCGCAAGGUCCAACAAUCCUCUGUGCUCUGAAUUCAACGGAACAGGAGAGCUUCGCUUUCCAGGUCCCAUGGACUAUGGUAGUGGUAGUCAUGGGGAGUCAGGAAAUUGGAGUGCCGCAAGUAGCAUGGAUCUUACUGAUUUAUCAGAACGACCUGAAGCUGGACAAGCUGGACCACUGCGUCCUAAUAAUGUAAUGCAGAAAACAAGGUGUGACCUCUGUGAGAAGCUUCUGACAAAGAGGUCACCUUGGGGUUCUCGUAGAAUUGUACGCACUGGAGAUUUGCCAGUUGCUGGUGUUCUCCCAUGCUCCCAUGUCUACCAUGCUGAGUGUUUAGAGCGGACCACUCCCAAGGGGCAGAAGCAUGACCCUCCUUGCCCUGUGUGUGACAAGCUGGCUGGUAAAGAUACCGAGCAGUGGUCGAUUUGCAGGUUAAAAAAUGGAUUCCCAAGAUUACGUUCACUAGGGGAAGGGCCUUCUCGAGUUUGGAGCUGUGCUCAUGCUGGAGAUUGUGUUGCUGGGGCUGUACAGAUACCAAGAUCAAAUAGCAUCAAGCUCUUGAGUCGGAGUGGUCACAAGAGGCAUGCAUCUUCGAAGGGAGAGCCCAGCAAAGACUGGGCUGAAACAUCAAAAAAUGAUUACAUGUAACUUCCUAAUGCACUCAGUAGGUUAUAUUCAUGACCUCGCAUUGUUAUGGUUGCAAGGUUAUGUAUACUUACGGAUGUUUUCAUGGCGUAAUGGUCCAGCUAGGAAAUGACAUAGAUAUGCCUGUGUAGCUGACUAAAUUUAUCUAUCAUCAGUUAUCAGGGUUGCUAUCUGUGCAUAAAGGCCUUAGGUCUCUACCGAUUAUUUUUAUGGGCUGAAUCUGUUCCAGAUGAAA